UUGAAAGCCCAAAGCCCGCCCAUUCAUUUUCUUUUUUCGCAUUCGUUCCAGCCAGCUCGCGCACCCGAAAAGUCUUAAAUAACUAUUAAUCGCUCCCGCACGUGCCUAGCUAUAAUUUGCAGUGAGAUAAUACAUUACUUGAGCUUGGCAGCGUCUACGGCAAGAACAGCACAAUCUGCAGAAAAGUUAUGCAUUUGGCAUUACAUAAGAAGCGAAUGGCUACGCGAAAAUAAUUGCUAAUCGGAAGAAGAUUGAAAGCAGCGCCAGCGAACGCUGCCCACCAAGCAAUUGAAGAUAUUUCAUCAGCAAUUUAGGAGCGCAGCAACAGCAAGAGUUUCAAACUGAGAAAAAGUCUUGUACACUGGGAAACAAAGUAAGAGAAAAUAUGUGCUGGGCAACAAUAAAGGAAAGGCAGGAGUGUAUCAACUGUAGCAGCAGCAGCAGUGACGCCGCCAACAACAGCAACCAGAACCACAGAGAGUGUGCGCCUAGCAACAAGAUCAAUUCGGCGAGCGAAUUUCUUUGAUUUGCGCCCAUGUG